ACAUGCAUCAGCAUAAGAAGCACACAAACGUCAGACAUAAAAAGUUAUUGUCUGUUGGGAUUACAUUAGUAAGAUGUUAGGUAGUUGUAUGCGAGUUCUCUUGAUAAACUCAUUAUUAUACCUUAUCAUAUUCUUCCUGAUUUUACAACAUGCCUAAAGUGCGAAGGAGUAAGAAGUCACCUCCAGAAGGUUGGGAACUUAUUGAACCUACCCUUGAAGAAUUGGAGCAAAAAAUGAGAGAAGCUGAGACAGAACCACAUGAAGGGAAGCGAAAGGUGGAAUCCCUGUGGCCUAUUUUUAAGAUUCACCAUCAGAAGUCGAGAUACAUCUAUGAUUUGUUUUACCGUCGUAAAGCUAUUAGUAGGGAGCUAUAUGAGUAUUGCCUAAACGAGAACAUCGCAGACAAAAACCUAAUUGCUAAAUGGAAGAAACAAGGCUACGAGAAUCUCUGUUGCCUUCGAUGCAUACAAGCAAGGGACACCAACUUCGGUACCAGCUGCAUUUGUCGAGUGCCCAAAGCGAAAUUGGAAGAGGGACGAAUUGUGGAAUGUAUUCAUUGUGGAUGCAGAGGUUGCUCCGGUUAAAGAAAUUUUAAAUGUAUACACAACACAAAUAUUAUACUUAUUUGUUUGUAUUAUCUGUAAUAAUAUAUGUAGAAUAAAUCUUUUUUCAUUGUA